UAUAGCUUUUGGAUAGAAAUCUUCAGUGGCAAAGGUGCAUUUGGUUGUGCCACGUCAAAAUUGACCAAAACAGAUAAACAUACGUCGAAAGCGACAUUACCUAAACAGCUUUUAAUUAAAGAUAAUACUCACGUAUUUGUAAGUCAAUAGACACAACCAUGGUUUCAGUGUUAAACUCCAUAGAUACAGCACAUGAAGAUAUGAUUCAUGAUGCCCAGUUGGAUUACUAUGGUACGAAGCUUGCUACCUGCUCCUCUGACAGAUCUAUCAAGGUGUUUGACGUGAAAGGGGGACAACAACGACUUAUCACAGACCUACGAGGCCAUGAUGGCCCAGUUUGGCAGCUUGCCUGGGGUCAUCCGAUGUUUGGCAAUCUGAUCGCCUCGUGUGGGUACGACCGCAAGGUGAUCAUCUGGAAGGAGACCAAUGGAACGUGGGGAAAACUGUAUGAAUACUCAAAUCAUGACUCAUCGGUGAACUCUGUGUGUUUUGCGCCACAUGAGCUGGGGCUUGUGCUGGCCUGUGGAAGCUCUGAUGGAUCCAUCUCCAUUCUCACAAGCACAGGAGACGGAAGCUGGGACGCUAAAAAAAUAAAGAAUGCACACACUAUCGGCUGUAAUGCUGUAAGCUGGGCACCUGCUCUGGCACCUAAUGCCCUGUUUGACCAGACCGGACGACCCACACUGGUGAAGAAACUUGUGUCUGGGGGAUGUGACAACCUCGUGAAAAUAUGGAGGGAGGAAGAUGGAGAAUGGAUUGAGGAUCAGAAGUUGGAGGGUCACAGCGACUGGGUGAGGGACGUAGCCUGGGCCCCGUCUAUAGGUCUGCCUAGGAGCAUCAUAGCCAGCUGUUCACAGGAUUGCCGAGUGAUUAUCUGGUCUAAUGAUGGUACCAGUAACACCUGGAACUCUGCUAUCCUAAACAAGUUUAAGGAUGUUGUGUGGCAUCUCAGCUGGUCCAUCACAGGCAACAUUCUUGCAGUGUCAGGGGGAGAUAACAAGACUAGUCUAUGGAAGGAGACUCUGGAGGGUCAGUGGGUGUGUAUUAGCGAUGUGAAGAAAGGUCAAGGUUCAGUUGGAGACAGCCAGUCACAGCCUGCAAGAAACUUGUGAUCAAAGCUCUGAGAGAGUGAAUUUCUGUUAUUGAGUGAUUGUGUUAAAGGAAACUGUUUAAAGAUUUUGGUUUUACGGAGAUUGGUUGACCAUACUUGAUUUGACUGCAAUAAUGGAUCAAUUUUAGCAAAAGACAUUCAAGAUUUGUGUACGACUUUGUGACUUAAACAUCAAAAUCCACCCUUAUAUUGGUGGUAAUAGUAGUCACUUGAAGUACUUCUGAAACUGUAUAAAAAGUUGUUGUACAUUGAAAUUAUUCUAAACAUAAAUCCAGCCUACAGCUUAGCUUGAAAUCACAAUUUAUAUGCUUGUGAAUGUUUCUUUUGAUGAACAAUACAGCAUACCCUUGUUUAUUAUUUUCAUUUUAAGAAUAUUUAUUACUGGCCAUAUGUUAACAAUUUAAAUCUCUAUUCACUUAUGAUUAACAUUCAGUUUUAUUUGCACAAAUUUUCACUUGAAAAUUCACAUAUGUCCGGGCCAAUUAGUAAGGUCACUAACCUAGUUCCAUACCUUUGGCCUGCAAUAUAGCAUAAUUAGGCCCAGUUGUGUACUGAGAAAUUAGGUUAAGGGAAAUUUUAACAUCUCUAUAUCAUUUUUUCUGUUUUCGGUAUUUUUUCAAAUUUAUCACAUGUGUUCAAGGUCAUUGUGUGAGGUCACAUAUUAAGUUUCCUUAUAGAAUAAAUAACGACAUAAAUGCGUUGCGUAUUCAAACAAUGAUUUAAGCAGUUGCGACCAAUUAUGCUUCUGUUGACAAUGGGACAUUACCAUCCUCUGGUUGACUAUGCGUUGCACCGUCCUAUAUGGGGCAUGAUAUUUAUAUACUGCAAGUUGGUAUACACAUUUGAAACCAAAAGAUGACCUUUGUUUUGUUGAAUGUUUGUAUAUAUUACAUUUCCAUGCCAUAAAUGAUUAUGAAAUAAAGAAACUUCCGCA